ACAACAACAUCUCCUACUUGGGUGUUAUGCGCACUUUGGCUUCCCUUCUGCAUGUUUUCACCCGACUUCUCUUCGAAUGAGACCCCUUGAGGAGAAAGCCGUCAUGGCGGACGAACGCACGCCUCUCCUUGCCGAAGUAGAAACACGGCGCCACCGCGAUCGAUACCCGCACCACACGCUCCGCAAAAUAUGCACGACUCUCCUUUCCGCUGUCUUGAUAUUUGGCAUUGGAACUGUCAUUCUUGUCUUCAUCUUAUUUCCCCUCGACGAUGAUGACAGCCUAGCAACGUCAUGGCGCGCAUACUUGCCAGGGCAUGCGCAAGCGUUACCUCCAUCGUGGCCGAGAACUACAGGAAUGGAGUAUAAGGAUUUACAAGAGAUACUCUUAACAGUUCCAAGUCCGAAGAAGGCCCGGGAGUGGAGCAGAUACUAUACGGCUGGUCCGCAUUUGGCGGGUAAGAACCUGAGUCAGGCACUCUGGACAAAGGACCUGUGGCAGGAAUUCGGCAUCAAGAACACCCAUAUCGUUGAUUACGAUAUCUAUGUCAAUUAUCCGAAGGACCAUCGUUUGGCGCUGCUGGAAAGGAACAAGACAUCGAAGGGGCUGGAAGUGCUGGGGUCUGCUGAUACCGAUUCGUGGAUGAUCAAAUACGAAGCAUCCUUAGAAGAAGACGUGCUCAAGGAGGAUGGCACAAGCGGCCUUUCGAACCGUAUUCCGACGUUCCAUGGUUAUAGUGCCUCCGGAAACGUCACCGCCCCCUAUGUGUUCGUCAACUACGGCACUUAUGAGGAUUUUGAAGAGCUGGUCGCUAAGAAUAUCAGUUUGGAGGGGAAGAUUGCAUUGGCCAAAUAUGGUAAUGUGUUCCGGGGUUUGAAGGUCAAAAGAGCUCAGGAGAUGGGCAUGAUCGGAGUGGUUAUGUACUCUGAUCCCGGGGACGAUGGUGAAGUGACGGAGCAGAGCGGUUACGAAGUCUAUCCCAAGGGUCCGGCUCGGAAUCCCAGCAGCGUACAGCGCGGAAGCUGUCAGUUCCUCAGCUUCGCUCCCGGUGACCCAACCACCCCGGGAUAUCCGUCCAAACCGGGCGUCCCUCGCCAACCCGUAGACCACGCCAUACCGUCCAUUCCAUCUAUACCUAUCUCCUAUAAAGAUGCGCUACCUCUCUUGAGAACACUGAACGGCCACGGCCCGAACGCGUCAUCCUUCAGCAAGUAUUGGCACGGAGGAGGACUUGGCUACAAAGGCGUCGACUACAACAUUGGCCCAUCCCCUGACCACGUGGUCCUGAACCUCGUAAAUGAGCAAGAGUAUGUAACAACACCUAUGUGGAAUGUCAUCGGCAUCAUCAACGGCAGCAUCCCAGAUGAAGUCGUCAUUCUUGGUAACCAUCGAGACGCAUGGAUUGCAGGAGGGGCUGGCGAUCCAAACAGCGGGUCCGCGGCCUUCAAUGAACUGAUUAGGGCGUUUGGUAAAGCUCUGAAAUUGGGCUGGAAGCCCUUGCGAACCAUCGUCCUUGCGUCUUGGGAUGGUGAGGAAUACGGACUGCUGGGCUCUACUGAAUGGGUUGAAGAGUACAUACCGUGGUUACAGGCCUCUGCCAUUGCGUAUCUGAAUGUUGAUGUCGGUACCAACGGGCCUUACUUAAGGACAAGCGCAGCGCCGCUCCUCCACAAGGUGCUCAAAGAGACGGCGUACCUCGUCCAAUCACCGAACCAAACCAUUCCGAAGCAGACUGUUGGAGACACUUGGGACCAUCGUAUUGCGACUAUGGGCUCUGGCUCCGACUUUACCGCUUUCCAGGACUUCGCCGGCAUUCCUUCUCUGGACAUGGGCUUUGGCGCCGGCGGAAGAUCUCCCGUUUAUCAAUACCACUCGAAUUACGACUCGUUUGACUGGAUGGAAAGGUUUGGAGAUCCAGGUUUCCACUAUCAUGCUACGAUAGCAAAGCUAUGGGGGCUAAUUGCGGCCAACCUUAUCGAGACCCCUGUCAUCCAGCUCAAUGCCACCGACUAUGCGGAGGGCCUAAACUCUUACGUCGCGUCUCUCAAGGAGAAGGCAGUCAACGAGACGGACAUAGACCCAGCUGCGUUCGUUCUCCUGGACAAGGCGAUCGAUCGCUUCCAAAUCGCAAGCAGUGCACAUGACGCCGUUGCUGCUUCCCUUACUCAGAAGCUCCUGGAUGAUGAUAUUCCAUGGUGGAAGUGGUGGGAGAGGGUCAAACUCUACUAUGCCAUUCGGAAAGUCAACACAAAGUACAAGCUACUUGAGCGUCAGUUCCUGUACGCCAAGGGCCUGGAUGACCGGCCGUGGUUCAAACAUAUCGUAUUUGCGCCGGGCAAAUGGACUGGGUAUUCUGGGGCUACCUUCCCUGGUAUUGUGGAAGGUAUCGAGACCAAGGACUUGAAAUCGGCGAAACGGUGGAUAAAUAUUGCGGCGGGUAUAGUAGCUAGUGCUGCGGAGCAUUUGGAGUAGAGAAGAGGGAAUUAUCUGGCCACUGUCUCCAUGCACAUGAGCCGUUUAAGUAAAGCAUUGAAUAUCAAACCAAGAUUCUGAGACGUGC